GCAAUGGCAUAGGAUGGUGUUUGGAGCCAGUACCCACGGCCCUAGGGACCCCAGAACCUCAGCAGCCAGGGCCCAGAGCAGCCUGUCCAGCCCCAGGUCAACAGAGAAUCACAGGCUAGAGCUCCUUAAUCCGUGGCCACCACGCCAGCUGCAGAUGCUGUUCCCCUAAGACAUGUGGCUUUGGCGCGUGAAGCCGUGGGGCCUCGCACCUAGAGGGCUGAAAUGGAAGGGAGGACUCCUCUCUCCUCCUGUUUUGCUGCCACUGAGGCCAGUCAGUGGCUGCAGAGCCCCAUCGGUGACAGCGACAGCCUUGGUCAACUACUGGGCACAGCUGUUUGAGGAGAGGGGAGUGCCCGAAGCCCGGGAAUCCAGCGAGUACAUCGUGGCUCAUGUGCUUGGAGCCAAAACAUUUCAGAGCCUGCUGGCCAGCCAGAGAUCCACCUCCAUCACUGACCUUCAACGGGAGCAGAUUGGAGAGCUGUGCACUCAGAGGCUUCAGAGGAUGCCCGUGCAAUACAUCAUUGGUGAAUGGGACUUUCAGGGCCUCACUCUGAAGAUGGCGCCUCCAGUCUUCAUCCCACGGCCUGAAACUGAGGAACUGGUCAACUUAGUACUUCAUGAGGAAUUCCAGAGGUGCCAGGAACGCAGAGGAAGGGGCACCCUAGACCAUCAGCCCCACUGCAGCCCAGUCAUCCUGGAUGUAUGCUGUGGCUCUGGGGCGAUCGCCCUCAGCCUCCUGAGCAGACUGACCCAGAGCCGUGUGGUUGCAGUGGACAAAGGUGAAGAGGCCGUGCAGCUCACCAGAGAGAACGCUCAGAGGCUUCACUUGGAAAAUAGGAUCCAGAUUGUUCACCAUGAUAUCACUUCUGGAGUGAACAGGGAACAGCUGCUUCCCUGGGGACCAGUGGACUUUGUGGUCAGCAACCCCCCAUACAUUUUCCAUUGUGACAUGGAGCAGCUAGCCCCCGAGAUCCUCAGCUAUGAAGACACCGAGAGUUUGGAUGGAGGCAAGGAUGGCAUGAGGGUGAUAAGAGAGAUCUUGUCCCAGGCACCCAUGCUGCUGAAAGACUCAGGAAGCAUCUUCCUAGAAGUUGACCCUCGGCAUCCAGAGCUAGUUGGGAAUUGGUUACAAAGCCGGCCUGACCUGGCUCUCUCAAUCUCGGCCACACAUGUUGACUUCUGUGGCAAGCCCCGGUUCCUACAUAUUCACAAAUCGAGGUCCUGUCAGUAGGUGUACCCAGAACAUGCCAAACCUCUGGUUCAUGGGAGCUUCCAGCAGAUCCAUCUUUUGAAGGCUAAUAAUUCAGCAAGAGGCAAGAUUGUCCUCCCAGGAUUGAGGGCCCAAACUCCAGGAGCGUGGGGCUCUCCAUGGUGGAGGAGUAAGGAUGAGAGAGGUCUAUGGUGAUCUUAUUCCAUCUAACCUCUUGCUACCAAGAUGAUCAGGUUUAGGAUAGACACUGGAGGGUCUUUACCCCUGUCCUGGGCCUGUUCACUGGUAGUGAUGGAGGUGUUUAUUCUCCUUCACAGAAAUAUUCCUUGUAGACCCACAGGAGAACCUACCAUCACCUUUCCUUACCAACCCCACACCCCCAUGUCAUCAACAACUACUCCUAACCAGGCAAUAUGGAGAAAAAAUAUUGCCGUGACCAGACACAGGGAUAGACAAAAAUGACCUCCAUUGGUCUUUUCUAAAGAUUACUAGAUUUUGGAGCUGGGGGACCUAGAUUCAAAUCUGUGACCAAUUUUGCACUUCUAGCUGUGAGAUGUAUGAGCCUCAGUUUCCUCUCCUAUUGAAAUGGGAAUAAUAAUAUUUGCAUCGUCUUCACAGUGUUAUUAGAAUCAAAUGAGAUAAUGUAUAUAGCAUGUUUUGUAAACUCAAGAGUUAAAUGUGAAAUAAAUGUAAGCUGUCAUA